GCCACGCGUCUGCACGCCCCUUUAUCAGGUUUCGAUAUUCAAAUAUUGGGAAAACAGCGCGAAAUACGAGUGUCUCUGUGAAGUGACAGUUGAUUUUUUAAUGGAAGUGAGUUCUUUUUAAUGUAAACUUUGGAAGUGCAAACGAACUCAUAUCAUAAAAAUAUUUUAAAAGUAACGAGCGAGGCACAAUGGGCGGAGGAAUUAAGAGGUACCCGGGACCCACAGCUCCAUUCACGCUAACAAUGGAAACAAACAUAACUUAAGGGGUAAACGCUGAACAAAAUGUGAAAAUCAUGAGAGUGGAUAUCGAUAUCGUACUAAGCGACACCCCUGAAAACUUAACCCUCGACUUCAGAGAUCUAUCGACGUCAAUGUAUCUAACGGACUAUUACGUUAACAAGAGCUUCGAGUUGAAUGAGACGACCAACGAUUUGGUCUACACGAAUCAAUUCGCAGGCAACCCUAGCAUCGUCUUUUUAAUAAUCCUCAAAUGCCUUAUCAUGCUGUUCAUCAUUUUGGCUGCGAUUUUUGGGAACCUGCUCGUCAUAGUAUCUGUUAUGAGACAUAGGAAGUUGAGAGUUAUAACUAACUAUUUUGUCGUGUCCCUCGCUUUGGCUGACAUGUUGGUAGCGAUUUGGGCGAUGUGCUUCAACUUUAGCGUGGAAAUAACGAACGGGAUAUGGUUGUUCGGAUACUUCAUGUGUGACGUCUGGAAUUCAUUGGACGUGUACUUUUCAUCUGCAUCGAUCCUCCACUUGUGUUGCAUAAGCGUUGACAGAUACUACGCUAUCGUCCAACCCUUGGAUUACCCAUUGAUUAUGACGACCAGUAAACUUGGAAUCAUGUUGACAGUCGUCUGGUUCAGUCCUGCAUUGGUGUCUUUUCUACCGAUCUUCAUGGGUUGGUACACCACACACGAGCAUCUGGACUUUAGGAAAAGACAUCCGAAAGUAUGCAGUUUUACAGUGAACAGAGUGUAUGCAGUGAUAUCGAGCAGUGUCAGUUUUUGGAUUCCGGGUGUGAUAAUGAUUUAUAUGUACUAUCGGAUCUAUGUGGAGGCUGACCGGCAGGAAAGGAUGUUGUACAGGAGCAAAGUAGCAGCGUUACUCCUGGACAAGCACCUGCAAAUCAAUGGGAUAUCCAUGGGCGACGUGAUGCGGGAACGCCAGAGCAUCCAGAUGCAGCCGAUGGCCAGCAAUAAGAUGAAGAGAGAGCGGAAAGCUGCGAGGACCCUGGGCAUCAUCAUGAGCGCUUUUCUGGCAUGCUGGCUGCCAUUUUUCUUAUGGUACAUAAUAACAGCGUUAUGUGGACCAGCAUGUCCGUCUCCACCACCUGUAGUGGCUGCGGUGUUCUGGGUUGGCUACUUCAACUCAGCACUAAACCCGCUAAUCUAUGCCUACUUCAAUAGAGACUUCAGGGCUGCGUUCAGGAAGACCCUGGAUUCAUGUUGCAGGUCCCUAUGUGGUAGCUGCAUUCGCCGCUACUGCCAGCAAUUCCCACGAAGAGAGCAGCAUCACUCCAACGUCUCAUCGGACAUGCAUCUGAACAACUGUUUCAAAUCGAACUCAGCGGACGCGCUGCGGGCUCACCAAGCGUCUUGCUCAAGACCUGAAGACAUAGUUAUAUGCACCUAAGUGCGACAAGGUUGUAAAUAGAAUGUUUUGUAGCGUGUA